UGCGCAGCCGCAGUCCGCUUGCGCACCGAGCCGCGCACGAGCGGUAACGGUUGGAUGGUGGCGUUGGUACCUUUUGUGGUUCCCAUCGUGGGUGACAAAACCUUGCUGGUGUGGGAGCUGAGCUCUGGACCCACGGCCGAGGCCUUGCAAUCUUCUCCCAGUUUGGCCUUCAGUAUUCGGUCCGAGUCUUCCCAAACGCAGCAGUGGCCGGUCCUGUGUUCUAUGCCAUCAUCAAGGGAUGCCCACAGAGCCCAAAAGGCAUGCGACCAGAAGCAGCUUUUUCAGACAUCUCCAGUGAAGCUUCAGGAUCUUUCUAACCUUGAAGAAAGAGAAAAUGAAGAUAUUGUGACACCACUUCAGAAGCAAAGCCUGAAGCUCUUCUGUGCUUUAGAGGUGGCGUUGCCCUCCCACGAGUGCAGGAGUCCUGGAGCUGGCAUGGCUGAGGAACCUUUGGAUAAGUUGGAGGAAGGGUCAUUAUCAUUCCUUAUGAAAAGGAAGGUAACCCAGAAGCUUGCUAUUCAGAAGGCUAUGACAGAAGCAUUCCGGAAACUGCUGAUUGUGGUUUUAGGUAGGACCUUUUUGAUUGUCCUUGAAGUGCUUCGGUUUCAGUGAGCAAAUCAACUUAUUUGAAAAGUGAAUUGGAUGAAAAUAAUGGUUAUCUAAAACAUUACAUAUUCUUUCAUUCACCAGAUGCUUUCACAGCAGCAGUCUUAACUUUGUUCUUUGUGGCAUUUAUGAGAAAAACGACAGCAACUAUGAUCGUCCCCAGUGUUUAGAUGUAGAAUGACUUGCCUCAGUUCAUACAGAAAGUGUUUGAUCCAGUUCUUCCUCAAUUGCUUGCUUAUCAUACAGAAUAGUAUAGUGAUGAUAAGCCUUGGACACCUGUGUUUGAGUCCUAACUUUGUCUCUUAGGUUUUGUUGUUGUUGUUGUUGCAAUUUUAGGUUUUCCUAGCCAGAGACAUUUGAAGGUAUUUAAUAUCUCUAAGCUGCAAUUUCUUUAUCUGCAAAUAGGGUUAGUAAUUCAGCUUAUCACCUAAUGGGGGAUAUUGUAAGAGGAAAUGAGAUGAUGAAUGUCAAAAGCUUAGAACUAUGCCUGAAACAUAGUAAGCAGACAAAAUGUAUUGACUGUUAUUAUUAUCGUUGUUUUCUUGUUGAAGAGUUUAUUAGAUUAUGUUUUUGGAAUCAGCUUAAUUUCAGUUUUCAUUUCUGAUAUAUUGGGUGAAUAUGAUUCUUAUAUAAUAAUCGGCUACGUUUUUGUGAGCCUUGAAAGGGGUCAUGCUAUUGAACAGCGUUGAUUGUGUUCCCUAUCGAGUUAUACAGCGGUGAGAAUGUCACAGGCUGUGCCCAAAGGAGACUUUAUGAUUAGUAGAUUCCCGGAACAGAAUUGCUCCUCUGCUUCACAGCCCUGCAGGCUUAGAGACUGAGGAAUCCUAGCUAAGUUGUCAGAGACCUUAUUUGCUUAUAAGAGUUGACCGUGGCUUGGUCUUGGCCUUCCAGCCUGGGCAGUCCUUCCAGUGAAGUGUGACUUCCCUGGUCAUCAGGCAGAAUCUCCAUCAGCUGUCAACUCUGGGUAACAACCUUUAAGAACCAAACUAAAUGUCUGGGUUGUUUGUCCCUAAUAUGCAAAGGUAUUGCGUAUAUGUACUCAAAACUCCUUAGACCGAAAAGCCUGGUGGCUCUAGCUUGCCUUGAGGAAAGCUGUAUUGUCCAAAAGGUACAUGGGCCAGUUUCUGCCAGUAGAGUGUUCAAAUGCUCUCUCUCUCUCUCUCUCUGUCUCUGUCUCCAAAGCUUUGUUCAUUGUAUCUGGUAGAAUUUUGGUCCCAAGGAGUAGGCACUUGCCUUGCUUCUGAUAUGAAGUAUCUAUUAUAGUCCAGUGUUAUCUAUCCCAGGUUUGAACUCACUUUGACCCCCACCU